AUGCCCUUAUGGGCCCUGGCCUUGUUAGGCACGGUAUCCGAUGCAAAAUUGGAACCACGGGAUGUCAAGACGCAGCCCAUCGAGAUCAUUGACGGAUCAUCUACGCAGUAUGACACUUUGACAAGUACAUUUCUCAUGCGAACUGAUGCUACAUACACUGCCACUGACCCCGUUUAUGGAUAUGGUGAACCAAACACUACGUACAACAUUCCGCUGGCGGAUCAGCAGCCAUCAUGUGGAACUGUCAUGGUGGAGAGCCAUGUGACUAUACUAUCAUCGACUGAUCGUAUAAUAUCCGUGCCUGAAACAACGACUCUGCCUACCCAAAAUCCAUGCGAUAUAGUAACCGUGAUCGUCAGAAUGCAAGGCUACAGGAAAGGCGAUACAACGAAUCCUAUUUCCCAAGCCCAGGUCAAGGUUUUACUUCCUUCCGAGAGCGAAAGCUCUCCUCCAGCCGGGACAGAAAGCUCUUUAGGUGGCUCUGCCGUUUCUUCGGAUCCUACAGCAACUGGACAAGGCACUGCUGCCAGCAUCAUGCAGACUUCUUCUCAGGACGACUCUACGAGCACUUCAGAUCCUGCAGUGCAGUGGACUACAAUCACUACUCAAGGAACUGGCACUGGUCCUAUGACCAUCACGCAAUCUCCAACUAGACCUGGUGAGACAGGAACCGUGUUGGUUAUGGCGGCUAUGACCUCGGAUACCCCAAUUGACUAUACAACAAUCACCAGCACCGGCACCGACACUGGUACUUACACUGUCACCGAGAGCCCUUCAGGAUCUGGUCCUGGUACAGUGGUGAUCGUGGUGCCGAGCCCGGUAGCUCGCUACGUUACCGUGACAUCCUAUGAUAGCUCGGUUACAGCUGUAGUCACGAGUACAAUGACUCCCAGUGCUCCUGGCGCAACUGGUACUGUUGUUGUCUACGAUCCAUACGAAUGGGUGACUACCACGUCUUAUGAUGAUGUUGCUCCAUCUGACCAUACAACGUCUAUGUGGCCUUCUGCAUCUGAUCAUGUAGGCACGGUAGUCGUGUAUAGGGCAUACAGAUGGGUGACAGUGAGUUCCUAUGAUGCAACUAUCACAGCCGCAUCUACACAGACUAUAUCCCCGAGCUCCCCAGACCAGACGGGUACGGUCCUGAUAUACCAGCCAGAUCCAUGGUUUACAAUUACUUCCUAUGGAGGUGUCACGGCGGCAUCAACGACCACUGAAUAUCCAACCGCCCCAGGCGCAACAGGCAAUGUUAUUAUUUACAAGCCACACCAACUGACAACCAUCACCUCUUACGACUCAGCGGUUACAGCAGCAUCCACCACCACCAUGUCGCCAUCUUCUGAAGCAGAGACAGUCACUGUUAUGGUGUACAAGCCUUGUCAGUGGACGACAGUCACGUCUUAUGGGGAUUUCACAGCUGCAGCUACAUCUACCAUAUCUGCAACAGCUCCGGAUGCAACAGGCACCGUUAUCGUGUAUCAGCCUGAUCAGUGGGUGACUGUCACUUCUUUUGGACAAUAUGCCGCUGCGUCUACAUCUACAAUUUCUCCCUCCAUGCCUGGUCAAACAGGUACAGUGGUGGUCUACAAUUCACAGCCAUAUUCGACUUUUACUUCUUAUGGAGAUGUCUCGACCGAGACCACAUACACCUCGCCGCCUCCUGCUCCUGGCCAGACAGGCAUUGUUAUGGUCUUGAUGCAACAGCCAUAUACGACUGUCACUUCAUACGGAGGCGUUACGGCCGAGUCUACGACUACUAUAACCCCAUCGAGUCCAGGCCAAACGGGUACCGUGGUGGUAUUUGAUCCGCAGAUGUACGUAACUACGACCUAUUAUGGACGCGUCACAGCUGCUACAACAACAACUGAGAGUGGCCUUGGCUCUGACCCGACCCUGACCGUUGUGGUUGAUCUCCCUCAGCCUUACACGACGGUUACUUCGUAUGGAGGCGUUUCGGCUGAAUCGACAACCACCAUAAGUCCAACUAGUCCAGGCCAAACGGGUACUGUCGUGAUCUUUGAUCCGCAGAUGUACACAACUACGACCUACUAUGGAAGGGUUACAGCGGCUACUACAACAACUGAGAACGGUAACGGGCCGAACCCGACUCUCACAGUUGUGGUUGAUUUACCCCAGCCUUAUACGACAAUCACCAGCUAUGGCUCUUUUUCCGCAGCCAACACUGUGACAUAUCCACCUUCUGUUCCUGGCGAGGACGGUACUGUAGAAGUCGAUCUUCCGAUGCCUUAUACAACCGUCACCAACCACAGAGAUAGUCUGACUGCUGCUUCAACUAUAACACACCCAUUCAAUGCUCAAGCAAAGUUUGCCACUGUUGAGGUUGAUGUGCCUCAGUCCUACACGACACUCACAAGCUACAUCCCAGGCCUGGCAGGCCCAGCAUCUACGACCUUACCAGUAGAUAAUCCAGACGAUGUGAUGACUGUCAUCGUCAAUCUUCCGCAGCCGUAUACAACCAUUACAACCUUUGUUGACAGUAUAACUGCGCCUCUGACUACAACAUACCAACCUGCUAGCGCUGGGGAUCCUGUCACUGUUAUGAUUGAGAGUCCGCAGGUCUAUAUAACCCUUACGACCUAUGUCGACAGCCUAACUGCACCAGUGACUACGACAUAUCGGCCUGCUAGUCCUGGUGACCCGGUUACAGUUGUCGUUGAGGACCCUCAGGCCUAUGUAACCGUCACGACCUAUGUCGACAGUCUGACUGCACCUCUCACAACAACAAACCGACCCGCCAAGCCUGGUGACCCUGCUACUGUCGUCAUUGAGAGCCCUCAGGUCUACGUAACGGUCACAACGUACGUUGACAGUUUGACUGCCCCUGUAACUACGACAAACCGACCAGCGAACCCGGGGGAUCCUAUUACUGUUAUCAUUGAAGAUCCUCAGGCAUACACAACAGUCACAACAUAUGUUGACAGUUUGACUGCACCUGUGACUACGACAAACAGACCAGCUAAUCCAGGGGACCCCGCCACUGUCGUCGUCGAGAGUCCUCAAGCAUACAUAACCACCACAACAUAUAUUGACAGCCUGACUGCACCACUGACAAUAACAAACAGGCCGGCUAAUCCCGGUGAUCCUGCUACUGUCGUCAUUGAGAGCCCCCAGGCAUACACUACAGUCACGACCUAUGUUAAUGGUCUUACUGCACCUCUGACCACGACAAACCGACCGGCUAAUCCAGGUGAUCCCGCCACCGUUGUCGUCGAGAGUCCUCAGCGGUAUACGACUAUGACGACUUAUGGCACUUGGUCUGCACCUUUUACUACAACGCUAUCACCUGCCAAUCCCGGGGAUCCUGCCACAGUCGUUGUAGAGAGUCCUCAGGGAUACACAACUGUCACGACCUAUGUUGACAGUCUGACUGCACCUGUAACCACGACCAACCAGCCGGCCAAUCCAGGGGAUCCUGCUACUGUUGUCGUCGAGAUUCCCAAGCGGUACACAACUGUGACCAGCUAUGGUUCCUACACCGCAGCUGUGACAAGCACCUUAGCACCGGCAUCUCAAGGUGAUGUCAAUACUGUUGUAGUAGGACUGCCCCAGUCCUAUACAACCGUGACUAGCUAUGGAAGCUUUACGCAAGUACGAACAACAACAAUGGCACCAGCAUAUCAAGGCGGCGUAGCCACUGUUAUUGUUCAAGAGCUCCAGCCCUACACCACCGUCACAAGCUGGGGAGCCUUCUCAACAGUUGGCACCACUACCUAUUCACCAAUUUCUCAGGGCGGCACUGCAACUGUUGUUAUUCAAGAGCCUCAGCCUUAUACGACCAUCACAAGCUAUGGUGCCUUCUCAGCAGUUCAAACCACUACCUAUCCGCCAGGCUCUCCGGGUGCUACAGGAACUGUCGUCGUUCAGAACCCCCAGCCUUACACAACCGUCACAAGCUGGGGAUCCUUCUCGACAGUCAGCACCGCUACCUAUCCCCCAAACUCUCCAGGUGGUACUGGUACUGUGGUUAUUCAAGAGCCUCAGCCUUAUACAACUACCACAACCUGGGGUACCUUCUCAACAGCUCAUACCACUACCUAUUCGCCAGCCUCGCCAGGUGCUACUGGGACUGUCGUGGUUCAAAACCCACAGCCUUAUACAACCGUCACAAGCUGGGGGACCUACUCAACAGUUAGCACCACUACCUAUUCGCCAAUCUCUCAGGGCGGCACUGCAACUGUCGUUGUUCAACAACCCCAGUCCUAUACGACCGUCACAAGCUAUGGUACCUACUCAACCGACGGUACAACGACCUUGGCACCCGCCUCCCCUGGCGGCACUGCUACAGUUGUUAUGCAGAAACCCCAACCUUACACCACUGUGACUACUUAUGCUACCACAAUAUCAACCAUGAGCACGUCAACUGGAACUCCGGCUGUCGCUGGGCAGACUGGUACUGUGGUGGUCGUUGCUCCUGCAGUCGGUACAAAGGCUGCAGAUCAAACAUGCGAUAACGCCGGUUUGGAAUACGCCAUCUACACCAACUCGUUCUACAACGCUGAUCCACCAAACUACUCUGCCCUCAACAUUACCUAUUUUGCAACAGCUUCACCGACCUUUACUGGUGUCACGAAAUCAAUAGGUAUCACAGAACCAGGUGGAGUCAAAUCAGGAAACUCAGGCCCUGCACAGGCUAUUUAUCCUGGUUCGCCAAGUCAAACAUGGCAAUACAAGGCCGUUAACCACCGGGCAUUCUUAUAUGCGCCUAUCAAUGGUACUUACUCUGUGGUGGUCCCGUACUCUGACGAGGUUACACUGGUUUGGUUCGGCAGCAAGGCCUUGUCGACAUGGUCGAAAGCACGUUCGAGUGCAGAUCUGGCGCAAAACUACUCAUGGGGACCUUCUAGCUCUCAGACCUUCAAGAUCCAGCUCACAGCAGGCACUUACACGCCAUUCCGAGUUUUCUGGGCCAAUGCGCAGGGAGAUUAUUCUAUGAUAGUCACUGUCACAGCUCCAGACGGUACUGUUAUUGUUGAUGGCUCUGGGUCAUCAAGCAAAUACUUUGUUAGAUAUGCUUGUGAUUCUACUACACCUUCUUAUCCUGCAUUUGGAAGUGGCGGUUAA